CUUUGCCAAAAAAACGCCCGCCCGCAUCAAUCUUCCAUACGAGCUUCUGGUUCUUUUACAUUUUCACUCUCUCCAUCUCUUGUUCUCGUCUCUAACCACCCCCCUCUCAUAUAUACACUCGGUAUUGCUGUUGGCUUUUUUUAAUUUGCCGCUCUUCGCCUCUUCCUUCAGACUCUCCAGAAACCCUCUACAAAGAUGACUGGCUCCGCUGUCAAUGGUGUCGCUAAAAGCGAUACCUUUCUUUUCACCUCCGAAUCUGUCGGUGAGGGUCACCCUGACAAGAUCGCUGAUCAAGUCUCCGAUGCCAUCCUCGAUGCCUGCCUCAAGGAGGAUCCCCUCUCCAAGGUUGCUUGUGAAACUGCAACCAAGACAGGUAUGAUCAUGGUCUUUGGUGAAAUCACCACCAAGGCACGCCUCGACUAUCAGAAGAUCAUUCGUCAAACCAUCAAGGACAUUGGAUACGACCACUCCGACAAGGGUUUCGAUUACAAGACUUGCAACGUUCUCGUCGCCAUCGAGGAGCAGUCUCCAGAUAUUGCUCAAGGUCUUCACUACGAGGAGGCUUUGGAAAAGCUUGGUGCCGGUGAUCAGGGUAUCAUGUUCGGCUAUGCCACUGACGAGACUCCCGAACUUCUCCCUCUUACCAUCCAACUGGCCCAUAAACUCAACGCCGCUCUGAAAGAGGCUCGCAACAAUGGCACCUUGGCCUGGCUGCGACCCGAUACCAAGACUCAAGUUACGGUUGAGUACGCCCACGAUGGUGGUGCCGUCGUGCCCAUCCGUGUUGAUACCGUUGUUGUCUCUGCCCAGCACUCUGAAGAUAUCACCACCGAAGAACUCCGAAAGGAAAUCAAGGAGAAGAUCAUCAAGAAGGUUAUUCCUGCCAAGUAUCUUGAUGACCGCACUGUCUAUCAUAUUCAACCUUCUGGUCUGUUCAUCAUUGGUGGUCCUCAAGGUGAUGCCGGCCUCACAGGCCGAAAGAUCAUUGUCGAUACCUAUGGCGGCUGGGGCGCCCACGGUGGUGGUGCCUUCUCCGGAAAGGACUACAGCAAAGUCGAUCGAUCUGCCGCCUAUUUGGCACGAUGGAUCGCAAAAUCUCUGGUCAAAGCUGGCCUCGCCCGCCGUGCCCUCGUCCAAUUGUCAUAUGCCAUUGGUGUCGCAGAACCUCUGUCUCUAUUCGUCGAAACAUAUGGAACAAGCGACAAGACCAGCGCUGAGCUCGUCGAAAUUAUCCAUGCCAACUUUGACCUUCGACCUGGUGUCAUUGUCAAGGAGCUCAACUUGACCAACCCCAUCUACUGCCGUACCGCCAAGAACGGCCAUUUCUCCGACCAAAGCUUCCCCUGGGAACAACCCAAGACCUUGAAGUUCUAGGUUGUUUUCUUUUCCACCAAUUUUAUCAUCAGUAUCUUCAUCCGUGUUUCCAAACGUGGAUUUGCAUCAACCACGACCGGCGUUUGGAGAACAUGAUUAGGACAUAUGAGACGAGAAUAGACAUGUUCCGGCAGAUGACGAAGGCACCUGUUUGAUUACUUCUUGCUUCAACAAACUUGAGGAAUUAGACUGGGUUUCUAAAGUUCAUCCGGCGGGAUAUCUGGCUUUUCAACACGAAAUGCAAUGAAAUAAAAGUGCUCCGGGGAUAUCUGGGGGUUUUCAACACCAUAUCAAAAGGGGUGCGGGAUGGGCUCCGUCGUGACGAUAUUCAACAUGUUAUGAUACCCAACCUGCGCGCGAAAGAUUUGUUUUGCACUAUGACCCACAGGCGUGUGUGUGAGCGUGGGUGUGAAUGUGUCGGCCUAAUCUGACACCAAUCCUUGGAAUUUGGGCCAUGGGUGAUGAAUUGACCUCAUGUCACAGCCCGCCCAAUAGAGAUUUUGAAAUACGAGUGUCAUGAGAGGAAGGCCUGGCUGGUCUAAUCAACAGAGACUAGCAGAGUUCGUUCUGAAGUCGACGUUGAACCAAGAAGUAGAAAUCGAGACAGAACCAAUUGAAUGACUACGGACUCUCAAGACAAGACAAGAAACGGCACGACAUUGACAAAGGCGAAGGUCGAUGUGCACCUUGGUUCUACUCAAUAUACUUUAUCCAUCCCAUUAACGAUAUAUAUAUAUACAUGAAAUCAACCCCGAA